UGUGUUAGUGUACCCCUCGCUCGGUGUAGUUCACUUUUUCUACUAUAGAUCUGAAUUUCAGUCUCGUUUUUGCCGCGUCGGUCUAAAGGCGGGCGAGCGGGCGUUUUAUAUUGCCUUUUUGUUGCUGUCGAGAGUUGCCGGUGGUUCGGCGCUUCUCGCUGUCUGAAGAGUGCCGGCUUUUUGUCGAAGCACAUGUCCUAGCGUACAAUCGCUACUGCAAUCGGUGCACGCGCAAAUCGCCGAGUGCGAAAAGGACAGAGCGCUACAUCACGUGUGGAUUACCCACCACUAUAUCAAAAUACAGCACACAAAAAUAUUGAGUACAAAAAAAUCGGGCAAUUUGGAUCCUAGUAACGACGCUCGACAUUCAUAAUUUUACCUCAGGGUCAACAGUACGGCUCGGUGAUUUUUUCUCCGACUUUUUUAAAUGUUUAUUUGCCGGGAACACGUGGAUUUUUUGAGAUAUUUUGGCUUUAAGGCCUGGGACUGUUGCCUUUUGGACGUGUUGUGACGAUAGUGGUUACCUUUAUUAUGUGAUAUUUUUAAGUGACAUUUAUAUAGGAACUAACUGUGAUUUAUUAUGGUGAUAUUGGUGAAUUGAAGAUUUAAGGGAUAGUGAGAGAUAGAAAGAACGAAGGAUCUCGAAUAAUUCCAUGACACAAGAAACAAAAGAUACCAAGGAAAUAUUAAGACAGAAUCCGUAUAUUUUUAUAUGAUAGUGCCAAAUACAAUUUAGAAAAAAUAUAUUACGAUUAUUUUCAAAUUUAGAUAGGAUUAAAUUAAUAAAAUCAGCAAGAUGAUGGAAGGAAGGACAAUCGAUUACAGACCAGACGGUGGUGGACUAGAUUACCAUAACUCGCCCCUAAUGGCGGAGAUACCAGUAGAUAAUUAUUCGCAUAUCCAUAGGAGUAUAGAACACCUUAGAUCUAUUGGAGUGGCUCCACCUCUCGACCCACACCGACACUUAGCAGCUAAUCUAACAGAUUUAAGAAGAUAUGAACAUCCUGAUGAUAUGCCAGAAAUAAAACCGUCCGUACUUAGACUAUCUGAAUUCAAGAGCGGCCUGCAUGAAAUAAGAGUUCACAACGAUCAAGAGAAUGACAUUCAGCGGCAGAUGACUCCUCACGACGAUGGUAAAGGCUACAGUGCUCCAUCGACACCCUUAUCAGAGAACGGCGGCCAUAGCAUCCAGGAAGAGAAGGUCUUUGGCUCAAAAGCGGAUCUCCAGCUACACACGCAGAUCCACCUCCGCGAAGCGAAGCCCUAUCGCUGCACCCAGUGUCCGAAAGCCUUCGCGAACUCCUCAUACUUGGCGCAACAUUCCCGCAUACACUUGGGUAUCAAGCCUUACCGCUGCGAAAUUUGUCAGCGCAAGUUCACGCAACUCUCUCAUCUACAGCAACACAUUCGCACUCACACCGGCGAUAAACCUUACCGAUGCACUCAAAUCGGAUGCACCAAAGCCUUCUCCCAGCUCUCUAACCUCCAAAGUCACAGUCGCUGUCAUCAAACCGACAAGCCGUUCAAAUGCAAUUCUUGCUACAAGUGUUUCACACACGAGAAGGAUCUACUGGAACACAUUCCGAAACAUAAAGAGUCGAAACAUCUGAAGACGCACAUCUGCCAGUACUGCGGUAAAAGCUAUACCCAGGAAACGUACUUAAGUAAGCAUAUGAACAAGCACGCCGAGAGGGCCGACAAGCGACCGCCGAUAUCUGCUUUGGGACUGAGCGGGCUCAAUAGGUCCCUAGCGGCAGCUGCCCCGACGGCCGCACCUUUUGCUGAUCACCCCUACUGGCCGAAAGUAAGCCCAGAUUCAGCGGCUCACAUGUCCGAUGAGGGUGGAUAUCAUCAACAACGAGAAAGCGAUGAUCAUCACGAACAGCAGCUUCAGCAGCAGCGGGCAUUGUUUGCCCAGCACGAAAGUCAAGAAGACCGCAUACAACCCCCAGUUUCGUCCGCCGCGAACUCCGCCUUCACUCCCAUAAACUCGAUGGCUCCUCAUCUUAACGGACUGUCGCAUCACAGUGCGCUUCCAACGAGACCAUAUUUGUACGAUCCACUUCAUUUCCAGCAAGGAAAACAGCAGCCAAACUCGUUCCCUAACCAAUUGAUAUCACUUCACCAAAUUCGGAAUUACGCUCACCAGCCCUCGGCACUCUUGCCCGCAGAACACAUUCUGCCCCACUCCUUAGCUCACAAAGACAAACAGUAACCCCCUUGCCGUUUCUGUAGGUGCACUUACCUUAGAACUUAUGAUGGUAUUAUUAGUCUAUAAAAAAAUAAACAAAAAUUAUUAAAAUGUUUAGAAUCUCGCUCUCCAAGACAGUGGUAUUAUGUAUGAAAUACGAAAUUUGUUUGUCACUAGUGAUGCGAAGUUCAUGUUUUUAGACUUAUAUCGAUAUUGUGUAUAAAUAUUCUGAAUCUGCGAGUAGAUAUGUAACAAAUAUUGUAUGAAAUGUGAUUUCAAAUUUUAUGUAAAUCACGCUCGAAUUUAUUACUGAUUAGUUUUCAUUAAAGCACAGUCACUCAUUUAUCAGGUUCUCGUAGGUAUUUAAAUCCUUAUUUAAUUAUUAAUUAGUAAUAACAAAUCUUUUAGAGAUUUCUUAUUAUGAAAACAAAUCACAGCAAACCUUAUAUACACUGUUGCCUUUAAGAAAACUAAUCUUUAUAUUAAAAUUUCAAAGCAAUAAUGUCAGAAAAUCUCUUUAAAAAAUUUAUAGGAAAAAAUAAUAAUACAAUUGCAUAAUAAAAAGGCUUUACAAACGUAAUAAUACUCUACACUUCGAUGUUUUAAUUAUUCUGUGAGUCUUAUCACAUUUUAACGUGUAAAUUAUAAACUCUAAAGUACUGAAUGUAACAAACAAACUUUAUUUUGAAUAAAAUAGCUAUAAUUUUUAAAAAGAAAACAUUUUACGAGAAGUAUUCAAUAAUGUACCAACAAUAGAAAAUAAUUUCGUCGUUUUAAACCCGUAAUAAGCAAUAUAUUUAAAUGUAAUAUGUUGAUUGUUGUUUAAUGAAAAACAGAGUUCCUGAACGAUACAUUAAUAGUGAAGUUACAAUAUCGAUAAAAUACAAAUUCAAUUUUAAAAUAUUACAUUAUUUCAUUUGCAUUUUUGUCGUAUACGUAAACAUGUACUAAACAUGACAGAUCUCUUAAACCAUCACAUUUGCACUCAGUUCCUACUUAGAUCGAAUAAAAACUUAAUUAGCUUUAUAUAUUUUUCAUUUAUCUUUACACAGCGAUCAUUAGUUAAUUCUAAUUACUGAUUUAGAAAAUGUGGUCUUCCUUCAGAUUUGUACAUUGUUUCUAGGAUGGGAUUGGUGGUAAUGAAUUAUUGUACCUUUUUUAAUAAGAUUUAAUGGAUGUAGACUUCAAACUGAAGUUAAAGGUUGUGAUAGUAUCUCUUAUUUCUUAUAAAUCUUGUAUUUCUUUAUCAGUAAUAUAGUAUAUUAUUAUUUUGAAAUCAUUUAAGAAACUUCAAUAAGAAUGACAUACGAAGGUGAAAAAUAAUAAUGAUUGCGAUAUAUUAUAGUAGGAUACAUUUUUUAUUUAUAUCCUAUUAUUGAUUGUAAUAUGUUAAUCUUCAAUCUCGAAGGCUGAAUACAUUUUCUAUUUGCAUUUGUACGAUACGUUUAUAUGUAAUAUAUCGACAGGUGGCCAAAAUUGCUUUCUCUCAUCUAUCGAUAUCGAUAAAAACGCACUUUUGUAAAUAUUUUGUAAAUAAUGAAACACAUUUUUUGAGAAAACUUGAAAUUUAUUGAAAAUAUUUUUUUUUUCCUUUUAAGUCUAUGCUUAUGCUCAAUUAUAUUAGACGUAAGAUGUCGUUUGGUAUUUGGAUACAACGCAACAGAAAAUGUUACUUCAGAGUCAAUCAAAUUUAUUCACAUAAAGUGAAUUCGAUUAAUUAUAAAUUUAUUUUGGUGAUAACCAUCAAUGUUUAAGUUUUUGAUCGCACUUAACAGUUGAAAUUUUUUCGUUGACAUAUAUUUUAUCGAUAAUGAAAAUUAGACAAUUGGUAGCACAUCACUAAUCUUAAAUCAUUGUCCACACUUUUUUGCAAUAUGAUUGCACUACACAUUUUCAGUUCUCAAUUUAUUCUAACAUUUUUUAAACAAAAAUCAAACACAGUUAGACUAUCAAUUGUCUAGUAUAUUCAGUCGAUCGUAAUUAGACUAAUUUUGAUGUAUACGAAAUAUUGUUGAUUUGUUUAAUUUCAAAACGGAUAGUUUUAAAAAAACAAUGUGAUAGAAGUCGAAUCGGGGAAGGUGUAUUUUUCGAAGAUCUUUCGUCUAAAUUGAUUUGCUAUUGAUCUUUUAUAUUAGGUUACGAAUCGUUAGGUUGUGGUUAUUUGUGAUCCGGACCGGGUUCCGUGGGAACUUUCGAAUGCCGUCUGUCCAUACGUCACAAAGUUAGCCAAAUGCUAAUAUUAAGUUCUUGUACAAAUUAAAAAAAAAAACAUUGUUUUUAUUGUAAUCACACGGCAAUAUUUUAAUCUCUUCCGAAUUGUUUUAGUGCUUGUGCAAAAUGUAGAUAGAUGACAUUAAGCCGAGAGUUUAUUAAUUUUUUUUUUUUUUUUAAUUCGGUUGUAAGGGAUGAGUAGAUCGCCAAUAUCUCUCUAUAUUAAGUAGACAUGUGAUACUGUAUUGAUUUUUAUUUUUAGUUAAGUGUACACUUAUUACUAUGAUUAAAUACAUAUUUUUGUAAGUAAUUUCGUUUUAUAAUAGUUUCGCUUCGUCUAGCGUUCCCGUUUAAGAUUUUAGAUGAAAGUGGACGAAUACUUUUUGUUACUUAAAAUCGAAUAAAAAUAAUUACAACUACGCCAAGAAA